AUGGAGCGCUUUCUCGUGCGGAGCAAACCACCAACCACCAGUGCAGAGACUGCCGAGUCCGACAACCCACCGAAAGAAAAGAGGAAAAAAACUGUCAGCCGACAGUAUCAUGAAAGUUACCUGUCUUAUGGCUUCAGUUGGACCGGGGAUGUCAACAUUCCUCAGCCGGAGUGCGUCCUCUGUCGGGAGAAGUUAGCUAAUGCUAAUAUGGUUCCAAGCAAGCUGAAGAGGCACUUGGAAACCAAACAUCCCUUCCACGCAGAGAGAAACCUGGCCUAUUUCAAAAGAGCGGCUUGCAAAAAAAUUGCAGGUGUCAUGCUGGGUCCAGAUGCCGCAAAUGAGCUAUCCAAGGUGCCGGCAUCUGAUAACACAAUCAAAAGAAGAAUCGAUGACAUGUCAGAAGACAUUGAACAACAUUUAACAGAGAAACUGCAGGCGAGCGGCAGAUUUUCUCUUCAAAUAGAUGAGUCGACCGACAUAAGUGGGGCUGCCCAGCUCCUGGCAAACGUCAGGUAUGUUGACGGCGACUCUAUUAAAGAGACUUUUUUCUUCUGUAAAGAAAUGGCAAGCCAUACAACGGGAGAAGAAAUAUUCAAGGUAACUGAUAACUACUUAAAAGAAAACAAUCUGUGCUGGAGUAUGUGCGUCAGUCUGUGCACGGAUGGUGCGGCAUGCAUGACGGGGAGAGUGAGAGGCUUUAUUGCAAAGGUAAAAGCACAAAAUCCACAGAUAGUGACCAACCACUGCAUUUUGCACCGAGAGGCAUUAGUUGCCAAAACGAUGCCCCCGGAGUUGACUGAGGUGCUGAAUCAGGCUGUGCAGAUGGUGAAUUACAUCAAAUCAAGGCCCCUGAAAUCUCGCCUUUUCUCCCAGCUGUGCGCUGAGAUGGGAGCCGACCACCAAAGCCUGAUCCUCCACACAGAGGUACGGUGGUUGUCUCGGGGGAAAGUCCUAUCCCGUUUUUACGAGCUUCGGGAAGAGCUUUUGGAAUUUUCACGUGAACACGCUGUCCCGCAUAAGGACAGGCUCGCGGAUGAGAGGUGGUGCGCCAGGCUGGCUUACCUUGCAGACAUAUUUGGGCAUCUCAACGAGUUAAACGCCAAGCUUCAGGGCAGGAAUGAAAACAUUUUAUCAUCCACAGACAAGAUUCGGGGGUUUAUGGGCAAACUGACCCUGUGGCGCGAGGCUUUGGAACAGGGCUCCAUGAACAUGUUCCCGCUGGCAUCAGCUGCGCCACAGGCAGCCAGUGAGCGCGCUAUAUAUGCCGAACACCUUCAGACCUUAAAAGAGAGGUUUGAGCGCUAUUUUCCACGUGUGGCCGACAUCGAGGACAAUGACUGGAUCCGAGACCCAUUCAACCAGGAGUCCGAGUCCUCAACCGAGAAGCUCACUAUGAAGGAGAGAGAGGAGAGCGCAGAGCUCCGAGCGGACCGCACGCUGAAACUAAAAUUUAGUGAGCUCACACUCGAUCAGUUUUGGUUGGUUUGUGCAUCAGAAUAUCCAACCAUCUCCACCUGCGCGAUCGACCAACUUCUUCAUUUCCCCACCACCUACCUGUGUGAGUUGGCGUUCUCCACUCUUGUUUACAUGAAGAACAAGACCAGGUCACGGCUCUCUGUUGAGCAGGACUUGCGAGUGGCCCUCUCCUCAGUGCCACCAAGGAUUAAAAAAAUCUGUGCGCCCCGACAGGCACAUGUGUCCCACUGA